CUGCAGCCAUUUUUUGAGUGCGAAUCAGUCUUGCUCAGGAGCGCGUCUUACUGACUUACGCCCAGAAACCGACCGAAAGAUAUUAAGAAGCAAGUCAUUCUUGCUGACCGACUCGCGAAUGUCGAUUCUAUUUGGGCCCCAGUCGGGCCACUUCCGAUAAACUACAUACCAGUCACCGACGUAUGCAGCGCAAUAGCAUUCGUCCUCUCAAUGGUCACCCCUCCACACCCAGAAGAUGACUGGCUUUCGAUUGCAGCCAUUUUUGUUCACUUCUGCCGCGUCGCAAGUAGAGAAGAUCGUCCCAAGACCGUCCAUAUUAUCUGGCAGACCGCCAACGAGCAACGAUUUCCGGCUCGUAAGCGACCACUCAUUCUAGUUGACGAAGUCAUCAAAGCUGCCCAAGCAACAAGCGCUCAUCCUGCACGUGAUGGCAACACCGCAGGCCCAUCUCCGAAAGGCAGUGUGUCUGUUUUCCGUGCGCAGAAAAUCGAUGAAUUGCUCGAUGCCACGACUGGUGGGGCAUGGCGAGAAUGGCCACUCACAAUGAAACCAAUGAGCCCUCGGACGCCAAUGACUGUGCGUUCAUUCGAAGAACGAUCGAUCGAAGCAGCUUUCCCUCACUGUCGUUGCAGUGCGAUGAUACCUACAUUCUUCGCCAUCAAUCAACGUCGUCCUGUUUCGGCUCUGGCGUUCAACUUCAAAAACUUCCAUGAGCUUUUACGUCAAUUCAAACGUGAAGAAAUACACUACUCGGCGUUGUGCGAAGCUGUACUGCCGGCGUGCAAAGCGUGUCACCGUGUGAUGAAACAGAUCGGGCUUGACUAUACUGAUGUUGCACUCAGUUCCACGAUACCGAAGGAAUUGCUUGCAAGUGAAUAUGACCUCGAAGAUGACGUUGACGAAGAUUACGAAGUUGUCGACCGAAAUCAAUCCGACUCUGACGAGCGGUACGAUAGCCCUUUAACACCUUCGCCAUCACCACCACGCAAUUAUGAGCCUUACCCGUCCCAUCCCCCAGCCCACCCCCAGAACCAAUCUCUCAGCGUUCUUAACCCUCGUUAUCCCCAUUCACCGACCCAAGCGCCCCUGCCAAUUUCUAAACUAUACCCGCCCUCCCCAUCUCCCAGCCCGCCUAAAACUCUCCAGGCCGCUCCCGCUGAAGUUCCUAAAAGUCUGAAAACCCCAGUUGUUAACCGUUCCUGGAUGCGCUCAUCCCCAGUAGCCAGCCAGCAACUGACCGAAACAAUCACGGCCAAAGGCAGAAAAGUGGCACCCUUGAUAAUGCCGCCUCCGCCACUUCCACAUGGUAAUGGCGCCAAUAAUAGACCAUCUUCCCCUCAGCCUCAGGUGCCUCAGGCUCAGGCUCAGGCCCCGCCGAAGUCAUCCGCUGCGAAACGUCACCCCAAUGGAACCGUCAGUCCGCCCUCGUCCCCAAGUCCUCCCCCUAAUGUUGUUCAGCAGCAGCAGGCUCAGGCCCGGCAGACCGCACAUUACCCAUGGUUCCUAUUCCCUACCUCGUUCACUCAGCAACAAGCCUUAGCCUACCCACAUCAUUUCCGACAACAACCGGCCCCUGCAUCACCGCAACGCAUGGCGCAGCAACCUUAUGACAUGAAGAUGAUGUUGCCGACUCAGUUCAUGCAUGCUCAGCCUUCAGCUGCAUACGCGCAACGGGGAGCAAGUGCCCAGCAGCAGGAGUGGCAAGAACAACAACCGUCACAGCCGCCACGCCCUCAGAAUCGUGCGCGAUACGCUUAUUCCGUGGCUCCUACCUCUGGGCCACUUCAAUUCAUGCCUGCUCCUCCUGACCACCAAGCCUACUUCACUCAUGCGUUGGCCCUCGUACCUGUUGGUCAUGGCUCACGUCCGCAUCCGGUACCUCCCCUGCCGACGGCUGUCCCUCCACUUACUGUCGAGCCCCGGAAGUCAUACCGCCCGCCCCAGCAGCUUCCAUUUCACCUGUGCCAGUGGAAAGCCCUACACCCCUGACUCUCGCCUUAUCCACCGAUUCCGAGCCCCCGACUCGCCCGCCUUCAGUUCCUUCUUAUAUCGAGUCUGCUCCACCUACUCGACCACCUUCAGUUUCUCCUCCUCCACUGCCACCGAAGGACACUUCGUUUAUGCGGGC